AUGAAAAAUAGCUGCAAUGCUAGGGACCAAGGAUACGGCAACAACUCGUCACAACGACAAAAUUUGGUCGGCGUUGGUUCAAAGAAGGACGUCAAGGUUGAAGCCAAACAAGGCAAGGGAAACUUUGUCCUUACUGGCACCACUGGCGCUGUAAGCCACCCCAAUGCCAAGCUUGUCUAUCUUCGCAAGAAGGAUGGUAGACUGGCCCUCACCUGGGGCGUGGAAACCGACGUUCCUGAUAACUGGCUUCUGAGCUACGUCGACGCGUAUCACUCAGACAUGAUUCACAAUGUCGCUGAUUACGUUUCUGAUCUCGCAACCUACCAAGUCUACCUCUGGACCGUCAAUGAUCCCACCGAGGGUGCCAGAACCUCCUUGAAUGACCCCUGGAAAUACGGCCGCUUCGCCAUUCAUAUGGAUAACCCUACAGGCGGCGACGACAAUGAGAGCAACUACCGACCUGACAGCCCCAGCGACACCUUUGUGUAUCCUUACGAUCCGUCACAGAGCGACCCGACAAGCUACGUGGGCGCAUCCAUCACACAGCUCUUCUUCACGGCCAACAAGUACCACGACCUGCUCUACGUGCUGGGCUUCGACGAAAAGGGAGGCAACGUCCAAGGCAACAAUAACGGCAAGGGUGAGAAAGGCAAUGAUGCCGUAGUACUAUUCUCGCAAGACGGCUUUGGCACGAACAAUGUCAACGUCGUUGUGCACGAGAACACCCACGGCCGUAAGCAAACAAUUCCCAUCACCGUCUUCACUCUCAACCUUUAUACCUGA